AUGCUCGGCCCCAGCAACCUCUGCUUCGCCAACCCGCGCACCGGCGUCAUCCUCUUUGCGCCGUACCUCUUCAUCGUCUCGAUCCUCGCGGGGCUGUGGGACACCUGGGACCUCAUCGAGUUCCACGCGGGCCUCGGCAAGGCGCGGCAGAUCGCCUCGGGCAUCUUCAUCCUGCUCCUCUUCACCCUCACGCUGGGCGCCUUCUUGGGCUUCUUCGGCGCCAUCGCCCGCAAGGUCGGCCUGAUCAAGUUCUACCGCCACAUAGCCUGGGGCCACAGCAUCGGCCUCAGCGCCGGCCUCGUCGCCAAGCUCGUCACGUCGAUCCACAAGAAGAACGAGUGGAACGACGCGUGCAAGGACAACAAGGAGAUCGGCGACAAGUUCUCGUCGCUCGACAAGUGCGAGGCGUUCUUCGGCAUCCACAUCGGCGUGCAGGUCGCCUUCAUCGCCGCCAUGCUGCCGUUCCUCAUCAUGACGGCCAAGCUGCUCGCGGCGCUGCUGCGCAACCUCACCGGCGACCCGUCGGCCGAGGCGGCGCUCGAGCAGGCCACGGCGCCGCCGCGCGCCAGCGACGUUGGCUACGGCGCCCGCCCGGCACGCACCAACACGGCCAGCUCGUUCGGGGGCGACUCGCAGCGCAGUGCCAAGCGCGCCCCGCCCAUGGGCAUGGUGCCGUCGGGCUACGUGCCGUCGGCCUCGGCCUACCGGAGCCAGUACCCCAACCAGCACUGA